AUGUGUAGACUUUCGCGUCUUACAAGAUUCGUCACCCUUAGACCGACAUCCCCUCGCAAUUUCAUUCGUUCCCAUGGCACACUACAGCAUCGUCUUCGGGUUGUUGAUGCACCUCAUAUCUCCUAUGCUCAUGACCCUGGACAUGUUUGCAAAGUCGCAUCAGAGCUUGAGACUUCCGGCCUGCUCAAGAUUCGUCUGGGCUUUGCUGAUGACUCUUGUGACUACCUGCGGAAUCUUAUCCUGAAUAUGCACAAACAACAUGGUCAUCACCUGCCUAUCGCUCAUAGUGCGACAAGAGGCUGGUUCUGGGAUGUGCGGCCCAAACCGGCCUCCACUACAGGAGCUCAUCAUGCUCGGUCCGAAACUAUGAGCGAGUUCUCAUGGCACACCGACUGUAGCUAUGAGGAUCCACUGCCGCGAUACUUCGCCCUCCAGGUGCUACAACAUGAUCGGUACGGAGGCGGCACACUGUCUGCGAUGAACGUAGCUAGCCUCAUUGAGUUUCUAUCACCGGAAACACGAAAAACCUUGAUGGCGCCCGAGUUCCGGAUGCAAAUCCCACCCGAGUUCAUCAAGGACCCCGAGAAAUCAUUCACCACUGGCAGCAUUCUCGCCCCAGAUCUCCACUCGAUUAUUAUUCGCUAUAGACACGACAUUAUUGCGCCACUGACUGCUCGGGCUGAAAAGGCAUUGGAAGAGCUGAGCGCAGUAUUGGUGCGACGUGAAGUACAGGCCUCCUCGACCAUGCAUCUGGGAUCGUCCGAUCUGCCAAAAGGGUCGAUUAUCUUGAUGGACAACCGCCGAUGGAUGCAUGCGCGGAACGAGAUUGCGGAUCCAGAGCGCCACCUUCGGAGGGUGAGAUGGGAUGCACGACCAUUCAAUAUGUCCAAUGAUGAAAGUUAG